CCUUUCACCUCUGCUCUAACAAUCGCUGGACUGUGCAACUUGUACUGGCGCUCCUUCAUUCUGAAAGCAAAUCAGAUCGGUCUGGUUCCGCAACAACGGUUUGCCCGCAAUCGCUUGCAAUCGGUCAAGGCUAUGAAAUGGAUUUCAUGGAUGGAAAACGAAGAAAAUUGCGUUAUUCAAUCUGUGGUCUCCGGCACCGAACAGAAAAUCGGUCCUUAUUACGUGGAUGGAUACCAGGAGGACACUGGUCACAUUUACGAGUUUUAUGGAUGUUGGUACCAUGGCUGCCCUACAUGUAUGGACCCGGAGACAGUGCAUCCGUUUCGAAACCUACCGAUGCGUGACAUCUACAAAGAGACGAUGGACCGUGAACAGUACUUACGCUCAUUGGGUCACCCAGUAACCACUGUUUGGGAACAUGACUUUGACGCAGACCUUCGCAUUGAUUCCGAAAUGCGCAAGUUCAUUAACGAUAUAAAGAUUACCGAACCGUUAAACCCUCGGAACGCUUUCUAUGGUGGCCGGACAAAUGCCGUGCGACUGUUGCAUACGGUGGCUGCCGAUGAAAAGAUCAAGUAUUUCGAUGUCAACAGCGAAUACCCGUUUGUCAACAAAAACCGCCGGUAUCCGUUAGGGCAUCCUAUUAUUUUAACCAAGAGCUUCCAAAACGUUCGGGAAUAUUUUGGUUUAGUCCACUGCACAGUGCUACCACCGGGAGAUUUGUGGCUACCUAUUUUACCUUACCGUUGCAACGGCAAGCUGACUUUCCCGUUAUGUGCAACAUGUGUCAAAGAACAGAACAGCAAGAAAUGUGACCACACGGAUUCGGAAAGGGAACUGACGGGAACGUGGUGCACACCAGAGAUACAUGCUGCUAUGGAUCGGGGAUAUACCGUCACGAAGAUGUACGAAGUGUGGCAUUACGAAACGUUUGAUGAUCACCUUUUCAAGGAAUAUAUCGACCGCUUUUUAAAAAUCAAGACGGAAGCCAGUGGAUGGCCAUCAGAUGUUACCGCGGAAAAUGAAAAACGAAAAUACAUUGCUGAUUUUGAAGAACGGGAAGGGGUCAAGUUGGAUUAUGAUAAGGUCAAAGAAAAUCCCGGACUACGUGCUUUAGCCAAACUAUGCCUCAACAGUUUUUGGGGCCGACUGGGAAUGCAGGAUAACAAACUGAAUACCAUGUACAUUCAUGACCCCAAAACAUUUUAUGAAAUGUUAUUUUCCGGCAAACACCAUGUGCAUUCGUGGGAUCUUUUUGAUGACAACGUCGUGCAGAUCACAUACACCAAAGAAGAUGGAUUUAUCGAGCAGAAUCCGAACACCAAUGUUGUCCUGGCCGCGUUCACCACAUGUUGGGCACGACUGCAUCUAUACCAGUUUAUGGAUAUGGCUCAAGAGCGCCUUUUGUAUUUCGACACAGAUUCCAUUUUCUUUGUGUCGAAACCGGGAUGGCCUGACCCUCCUACUGGCCGAUUUUUGGGCGAUUUAACCGAUGAACUAAAACCUGGACAACACAUUACGCAAUUCGUCAGCUUGGGCGCCAAGACCUAUGCCUACACGACAAACGAUGGACAUUCGGUAGUCAAAAUCAAAGGAUUCACCAUCAAUAAUCGGGUUAAAGAGAAAGUUAACAUGGAGUCCAUGAUGAAUAUUCUGCACAAGUCUGGUUGUAUUGAUGUGCACUAUGAUGAUGUUAUUAAACGCAUCAAGUCUCAGCUUAUUCUAUGCAAUAGUGAUGUAACUAAGCGUCUGCAAGUGACGUAUGAUAAGCGGCGCAUUACGCAAGACUGGAAUACUGUUCCAUACGGAUAUACCGUUGAAUAGAUUUAUUGAGUAGCAGGAAACUGCUGUAUCAUUCGACCAACAAAAUUUACUGAUAUUUGUAUGUCAUGCAUUUCUUUCAAUCCCAAAAAAUUGCACUUCCCCGAUGGGAAGAGCACAGCCGUAAACCAAGGCAAUUUUAUACGCAAACCACUAAACAAUUCAGGAGUAUAUUCCAACUUGUAAUGUUGGCUGAAUUUCUCAAUAUGUAUACGCGCACCAAAAUCAUGAGUGACAACAAUAUUAACAAUUCGAAAUCCUGAAACGAUACAACGGUACCCAAUUGAUUGAAGAAUGCUGGUAAACUUGUCGACCAAUUCUCUGGCAGCAGAUUCCGAACGAGCUCCAUUGACCGUGAUUUUUCCAUUGGAAUAUAGUUGGCAAUGUGCUUUGUAGGGAGAGAGAAUACGAAGGAGUAAGCCGGAAAAUUUGCGGGGAAUAUACUGCGCCAUCGGUACUUUCUUUUCAAUCUCCUUCAGAUUGAGGAUAGUGUUUAAAUCCGCAACGGCAACGACAUUCAUGAUUUUUGGCAUGGCAGUAGAACCACAAACCGAACCGAAUAGCUUUGCGCAGUGUUGUUUGGGGCACAUCUGUUAGACGGUGAUAGACGGGGCAACCUAGUUCCUCAAGAUUGACCACUUGGGGCACAUAACGCUCCAGUAAACGGCACUUGUCCAAACCCUUAGCAUAGAAAGUUAGCUUACUAGGACGGCCAAUACGGUUAAACAUGUCUUCCAAGGCAACCGUCACUUGAUUGUGUCGAUAAUCACCAAAGGUGCUCCAGAGAAGCCCAUGGGAAUGCUUGGCCUGUUUCUGCAACUCGCGAGCGUGUUUACCGGCUGAUCGUGGUAAGCUGAAGGUGUACUGCCCACUGUCAUGUUUUUUUGGGCACGAGAAGGCCAGCUGUUUGAUAUAUGGUACCUUUUCAAUUAUAAACCAAUCAGCAUCUAAAACACAUGGCAGAGCCAUGGUCAAGACUAGACUGAAAUACACAACUCGUUUAUCACUUGGCAACAGCGUUGGUUUAUGGUACCUGGUGCCAGGUACUUUACCUGGCACCAUGUACCACAGUUGACCUUCAAACAUUUGUUUUACAACUUGCGUGCGCUCAACAUACACUUCAUUUGAGUUCAGUUCUGACAAAAAUGGAACCAUCUCUAAAACGCCGCCGUUCAGACUCGAAGCCUAAAAUGCCACUAGUCAACAAGACUAAGUGCAGUGUCGAGAAGACUCAUCCUCGUUUAGCCUUCACAGAGAACGGUCGUCCUGUGUAUCGUCUGGGCAACGAGAAAUUUGUGCAUGUCGAUUAUCAGUGGGAAGAAACUCGAAUUUUUAUUGGUGAAUGGAAGGAAGGACCGCCCGGGAAAUGGAAGCAGACGUGGGCGAAAACGAUAAGCCUUACCAAAAGAGGAUUCAUGCGCUUGGUAUCGUUACUGCUGACGGGAAAAGCCGAUCUGGAUCAUUCCAAUGGAAAUUUACCUCCUUUAUUCUUACUGGACCGAGGGGUGUACUUCAGCUGGAGCCGUCCUAACGUGGCCAGCUUUCGCCGCUAUCAGCGGUCUCAGGAAGGUGAUUUGAUGCCCACGAGAAACGGGAUUUCAUUGAACGAGAAGUGCUACGAAGCGUUGAAAGAACUCAUACGGGAUUUCACUCUCUUCAAACAUAUUGUCAGUGUGGACGAAAUCGUUGAGGAUGUGGAUGCGGACAAAAAAGGUCUUUGUCAUGAGAAGUUGUGCGACGCUAUUAUUGAUGCUAUGGUGAAACUAGUUCAUGAAAGAUGCCCUGAUUUCCGGGACGUGUUAACGGAUACGGAAUGGAAAGAUGCUGUGCAACGUCUGUUGGAUGCUCGUUUUGUGCAUGGCAUUUUGUUUGGUUUUGAAGAACUGAGCUUUAAGCAAGCUUUAAGUUUGGAUGUGGUGAAGUAUUUGGAUACACAUGAAAAUCAAAUCCGUAUGCAAGUAAACUGCUCUCUGAACCAAGUUUAACUUAGGAUUUCUGUAAUGCAUUUUAUGGUUGUCACUACAGUAUAACACGGCAUUUGUUCUAUUUAUUUCUUUGAACAGAUCGUUUUUGCAUGGUUCAUUUCAUUAAUCGUUGACAUAUCUGACGGAGAAAAGAUCCGUCAACUAGUGCUGUAUUGAUAUCAAAAAAAGAAUUUACAUACUGACACACCAUCUUGUCGUUGCUUGUUCGAUUAUCGGUAAAUAAAUGUACAAUAUUAGUGAAAGAUUCGCCGCUAGCGCGUCUCAAAACAAAAAAUAAGCAAUAUUGACCACACACGGUACUAUAUUCGGACUGAAACUGUUCGUCUUGACAGACAAUAGUAUUAUUCUGAGCAAGCAUAGAGAAGUGCUGAGAAUACGUUUCCAACGCUUUACCAUACGAAUCAAACACUUCCAAGAUUCCCGCUUGGGUUUGUAGCAAAGCAAUCCAGUGUGCACCAUUUUGGUCAGAGGGGUCCGUGUUAACUACACAUGCUCCAGGGUACGGGGCUAAACAUGGCGGAACUCGGUCACUGGCAAACACACCGCGGAACAGCUGGGUGGUAACAGGAUUUCCCUGCAGACAGUGGUGAAUUUGCUCCGUGUUCAUGUUGAAAAAUCCGCAAUCAACUGGCGAUGUUGAUUAAUUUCGAUGAUGCUGUCAUAAAUCAGCAUGCACACCAUCAUGAUUGUUGUCGUCAAUGGUUUAGCAAAGGAAACUGAUACACUCAGAUUUCCUUGUUUUAUCAAGGUCAAAGGUCCGCGGCCAGUAUGUCCUGGUGUAAGGUCAAAACCAAAUAUGGUAUAUCCUUGAUUAUAUUCGGUGCGGUUGAACGGUAGUCCGCCUUGCAAACUCGGUCGGUAUCCCAGAGUAUCGAGCAAACCAUCGUAGCACUCCAAGGAUAAGUUGUGUUCAAAAUCACUUAUAUAGGGUUUGCUAGGGAAGCUCUGACCAUCCACUUCCACACUAAGUUGUGUAAUGUUGAAAUGUUGAAAGUUAAACGGAUUCUUUUUGAUGGAUCCGUGAAAAUCUUCGCUAUCGACAAAUCCAACGAACACGACUUUGGGUAUUUGCCCAAUCUGUAGAUUGCUGACCACGGUGCUUUGCGUCUUUUGCGGAAUGUCCGACACGCGCAUAACUAUCCGCUCAACAUGAUAUUUGACGGUUUUCUUUAACAAUUCACCAGCAACAGCUGUCAGAAAAUCCGGUGAGGGAAUGUAGCGUCGGAUAGACAACCGAGCAUUGCGAAUGAAGGGCUUAAACGUUUUCGUGGCAUCUUUAUCCCACACACGCAGGGCAAAUUCAGGGCGGCUGACUACCAGACGGAUGUUCACAGGAACCCCUGUGCACAGUGGUUUGCUUUGGUCAAACAAGUCCGAAAACAGUCUUCCAGAAAGUUGAACAUAUUGUCCGGUUUGAAAUAAAGCCUUACGGCUCUUUUCUCCUUGAUUAGACGUCUCAUCGUUAUGUUUGGCGGGCGUGUCCAAAUAGAAUGCAGCCGAAGUCAACUGGCUACUUUGAGCCUCUUUGCUAUGCGAUAGCAAUGACUCAAAGUAUGCUCGGUACGGAUAGAACGUGGCGGCAUCCGAGAUCAGUCGAUUGGCUACCGUUACAUGACAGGAUGAGAAGAGCGAGUGCAAGAAAUUAUUGACCGGUGCCACCCCAUCAUCCGCGGUUACCAAUUCCCAGUCACCGGUAGUUUUACGCACUUUGAUGCCCACUUCCAACUCCAAUAUCAUAUCUGCCAAACUGAGCAGACCAGCCGUACUAGGUGGUAUAAAGAAAUUAAUGUCACCAGCGGAUCCAUUGUCGGUCAAAAUAGUUGUAGGGUUCAGUUUCUCGUGUUCGGUACGCCAGCGGUCGGUCAAUGUAGCCGGCAAGGCAAACAGCUGAUUUUCCAGCUGCAUGGCCGGUUCGGAAUGUUCCAUCAUGAGCAUUGCCAUUGUUUAGAAAAAGUCCGGAAUGCUGGUUGGCGGAAUACGUUUAAUGCGAUGUACUUUACGUUUAACACGUUGUUUCUUCCGAACGCCUUCUCCUUCUUGCGAAACUAGGCGUUUACCAAUCGCCGCUCCUGCUUCUUUAAUAACCCCGGUUGCCGCAUCUUGCAAGUGAGGGGUGGCGGCUUCCAAAGCAGCUUUAGCAUGCGGCGCUGCUCUACGCAGUAUCGGUUUGGCAAAGUUGGUAAUUUUGGCAAAUAAAUUCUUCAAAAUUUGUGGGAACCCGGAUCCAUUUUGUAGUGUGCCACGAUAGCGAAUGAGAGCACUUCCUCCCGUUUGGCUCACGAAAACGUUUUCGUAGCGUCGCGGGUCUGGGACAUAGGCGACGAGGGGCAUUUUCAGUAUAAGCGUUGUGGUCGAAAAUGUAAUUUUACUAGUGAUUUUCCCGUCUGAAAUUUAGCGUCGUCACCCAGGUCGUUGGCAAUAGUUAAAUGAAUAGUUUCGAAAUGUUGGCGUAAUACGGGAACAUAGUGGGGAAUGUCGAAACGUGCUUCCACAAUUUGGUUGACCUCCCCUCUAAUAGGUACAGCGCGCAAAAACUGCGCGGCAGUAUCACCAAUCAGGCUGUAGUCUGCAACAUCACUGUACAGAAACAGGCUUUGGUUCCCCAGCAUGGUGUUCACCGGUCGUUCCGACAAGAAGGUGGUCAGUUUAGGUGGAGGAGCUUUACUGAGGAAUGACAAGUACUUGAUGCUACUGGUUUUGGUAACAAACGGAAAGGGUCCCAGUGCAUUGGAGUGAGUUUCUGCGGGUACAUCUGGUUUAAAUUCCGCUUGUUCAAACCCUAGUAUUUUUUGCAAGGUAACGGAUCCAGGGGGAAACGUAACUGACACUCGAUCGUUGCCAAUAAGCAGUUUCACUCGGUGGUUUGUUGAGGUUAAAAAUUGCAAGUUGAAAGCUUUGUUAUCCGGCAAAGCACUUUUAUCCUGAUGUACAGCGUCAUCCACCAUGUACGGUCCGAUUGUAGGAGCUAAGUUGUUGACGGUUUGCAGUAAAAGCUCGGCAUUCUUAUAAUUUCCGGGAGGAACCGUCAAAAUUUCUUGGUGCACAACGUAAUUGACGCUAUCAAUAAAGUCUUCUUCUUUUUUAACCCGAAAUUCGCGGACAAUAUCCAGUUGAAUUUUUUGCUCGGUAGGUAGAGUAUAGAAAGAAUUUAAAUACUGCAGUUCCACCAGGGCCAUUUCCCAUUUGCCGUUCAAGGUAAUGGGAUGCUUCAGUUUGGUAGUCCAGUUGGAGGGCGUGUUGGCCGCUUCUGUGGCGACAUCACUGGGUAAGGUUAUGUAGAAAGGCGCUCCUUCAAACAUGAUAGUGGUUCCCAAGAAUCGUGUUCGGGUCCGUAACCUAACCAACGGACUAAUGCUUUCUUUCCGCGCCGC